AUGUCUACUAUAACAUUCGUAACCGGAAACGCCAACAAGCUCAAGGAAGUUCUUGCUAUAUUAUCCACAUCUUCAGCCGACUCCAACAAAGUGGGUAAAUUUCACAUCACAAACAAAUCUAUCGACUUGGAUGAAGUCCAAGGCACCAUUGAACAAGUCACAAUCCAUAAAGCUAAAUCAGCAGCCGAACAAAUCAACGGACCAGUAUUAGUUGAAGACACAUGUUUAGGGUUCAGCGCAUACAAUGACUUGCCAGGACCAUACAUUAAAUGGUUUGUGAAACUGGUUGGAUUACUGGGAUUAGUUAAAAUGUUGGCCGGGUUUGAAGAUAAGGGAGCCAACGCUAUUUGUACAUUUGGUUAUUGCGAAGGACCAGGUCAAGAAGUCAAGAUUUUCCAAGGCAGAACGCAAGGCAUAAUUGUUGAAAGCAGAGGUCCUACUGAUUUCGGAUGGGAUUCGGUGUUUCAACCCGUUGGGUACGAUGAGACUUAUGCUGAGAUGGACAAAUCAAUUAAAAAUACAAUAAGCCACAGGUAUAGAGCAUUAGAUAAAGUUAGAGAUUAUUUAGUGUCACUUUAG